ACAGCAAUAACUCAUCGCUGCCACAUUUUUCUCCAUCCGUUCCUCUUUCUCCUCCUUUUCUUUUCUCCUUCAAUUCCUUUGUCCUUUCUCCUUCUCCGUCCUCUUCUUUCUACUCCCUCCAUGUUAACUAAGCUUUUUUUCCUUGGGUUAGACCAUCAUAACACACAUCAAGCUUUUGCUGUACACCAUGUAAGCAACUUUAUUUCCGUAACUGAUUGAAAGCCUUCUUUUUUCAUUUGCAUCUUUGAAAAGGGUACUUUUUUUGGCAACAAGUUUAGCCCCAAAGCAGAUCUAAAUAUUUAUCUCCUUCUAGCUAUCAUCUCCAGCAACUACCACCCACUGUGACGGACGCAUUAGCCUUAUUGCAACACCGACAGAAUUAUUCUAAGAACUCGAUCUCAGGAAAUCCACUCAACCCUGGAUACAAUAGAGGAAGAAAGAGAGGAAUUGAAUUUGAAUCCACCAUAUCUACACUGAAAUAUGCCAGCUGGUAUUAUGAUUCCAGCAAGAAACAUGCCUUCGAUGAUUGGAAGAAACGGAAACGUUGGUGGCUUUGGAUUAUCUUCUGGGCUCUCUCUUGGCCAGCCAAAUUUGAUGGAAGCUGGUCAGCUCCACCCACUGGAUAUGCCUCAGAACACUUCAGAGAGCGAUGUCCCAAGAAUUCGUGAAGAUGACUUUGACACUGCCACUAAGUCCGGUAGUGAAAACCAAGAAGGUGCCUCCGGAGAAGACCAAGACCCUCGUCCCAAGAAGAAGCGCUACCAUCGCCACACACAGCACCAGAUCCAGGAAAUGGAAGCUUUCUUUAAGGAGUGUCCGCAUCCUGAUGACAAGCAAAGGAAGGAGCUGAGUCGAGAGUUAGGAUUAGAGCCAUUGCAGGUCAAGUUUUGGUUCCAGAAUAAACGCACUCAGAUGAAGACCCAACAUGAGCGCCAUGAGAACACACAGCUUAGAAGUGAAAAUGAGAAGCUUCGAGCAGAUAACAUGAGGUUCAGAGAAGCUCUCAGCAAUGCCUCGUGUCCUAAUUGUGGUGGACCUACCGCUAUAGGAGAAAUGUCAUUUGAUGAGCAUCACUUAAGGCUCGAAAAUGCCCGUCUAAGAGAAGAGAUUGAUAGGAUUUCUGCAAUUGCUGCCAAGUAUGUGGGAAAGCCUGUGGUAAGCUAUCCACUUCUUUCCCCUUCAUCUGUUCCUCCGCGUCCACUAGAACUUGGCAUUGGUGGUUUUGGAGGCCAACCAGGCAUUGGUGGAGGAGAUAUAUAUGGUGGUGCUGGAGAUCUUCUUAGACCAGUCAGUGGACCCACCGAAGCUGAUAAACCAAUCAUAAUAGAACUCGCUGUUGCAGCUAUGGAGGAACUCAUUGGAAUGGCACAAAUGGGUGAGCCUCUUUGGUUGACUACCCUUGAUGGCACCACCACUUUGCUCAACGAGGAAGAGUACAUUAGGUCCUUUCCUCGAGGGAUUGGCCCAAAACCUGCGGGUUUUAAGUGUGAAGCUUCACGAGAAACUGCUGUUGUUAUCAUGAACCAUAUUAACCUUGUUGAGAUUCUCAUGGAUGUGAACCAAUGGUCCACAGUGUUUUCUGGAAUCGUCUCAAGAGCAAUGACUCUGGAAGUGCUUUCAACUGGGGUGGCGGGGAACUACAAUGGUGCAUUGCAAGUGAUGACUGCUGAAUUACAAGUACCUUCACCUCUUGUGCCAACUCGAGAGAGCUAUUUCGUGAGAUAUUGUAAGCAACACGGAGAGGGGACUUGGGCAGUAGUGGACGUUUCCUUGGAUAAUUUGCGCCCUAGUCCUUCUGCGAGAUGCAGAAGAAGGCCUUCUGGUUGCUUAAUUCAGGAAAUGCCUAAUGGCUACUCUAAGGUCAUAUGGGUUGAAAAUGUAGAAGUGGAUGACAGAGGUGUUCAUAAUCUAUACAAACAGCUUGUUAGCUCUGGACAUGCAUUUGGUGCAAAACGUUGGAUCGCAACCUUAGAUCGACAAUGUGAAAGGCUAGCCAGUGCCAUGGCAACGAACGUUCCCACCGUAGAUGUUGGCGUGAUAACAAACCAAGAUGGGAGAAAGAGUAUGUUAAAACUGGCUGAAAGAAUGGUUAUAAGCUUUUGCGCUGGAGUGAGUGCUUCAACUGCUCACACAUGGACAACACUUUCUGGAACUGGGGCUGAUGAUGUAAGGGUUAUGACCCGUAAGAGUGUAGAUGACCCAGGAAGGCCUCCUGGUAUUGUUCUCAGUGCUGCAACUUCAUUUUGGCUUCCAGUGUCACCCAAAAGAGUUUUUGAAUUCCUCCGCGAUGAGAACUCCAGAAGUGAGUGGGAUAUUCUUUCUAACGGCGGAGUUGUCCAAGAAAUGGCACAUAUUGCCAAUGGGCGAGAUACGGGAAAUUGUGUCUCUCUACUUCGGGUGAAUAGUGCCAAUUCAAGCCAAAGCAACAUGUUGAUAUUACAAGAGAGUUGCACCGACACAACGGGCUCAUUUGUUAUAUAUGCUCCUGUGGAUAUUGUGGCAAUGAACGUGGUUCUCAAUGGAGGGGACCCAGAUUAUGUAGCUCUUCUUCCUUCAGGGUUUGCUAUACUCCCAGAUGGGACCACUACGCAUGGAGGGGGAAUUGGUGACACUGGACAUGGUGGAUCUCUCUUGACUGUUGCAUUUCAAAUAUUAGUUGACUCAGUUCCAACCGCUAAGCUUUCUCUUGGAUCUGUUGCUACUGUUAACAAUCUCAUUGCCUGCACUGUUGAGAGAAUUAAGGCUUCUUUGUCUGGUGAAGUUGCUUGAGUUUCAAGAUUGAUGGAAUAUUGUGCGUUUGGGAGAAGGAUAAAGGGGUGCAUUGCAUUUUGGAGAAAAGGUGUUGGGAACUUCGGCUUUAUAAAAAGGAUGGGGAGAAGUCAAGAGCGCACCUUGCAUGAUCCCUUUUCAGCAUUCCAAAACAGUGCUGAGAGGAUUAAGGUUCGGGAUUUGACUUCCUGGAUAUAGUAAAUGCUAAGAGCUUAAAUCAAGACCUUACUUCUCUUCACCUUCUAAGACUACAUAUUUAUAUUUAGCAUUAGCCUUUUGGAUGAUAAUUAGGCUGUAGCUUAGACGUAACUUCUUAUGUUCCUUCUUCUAUUGUUAUUUGUGUUUUAGAUUCUUUUUUUUUUAUGGAUCAAAUUUGUGUUUUAGAUAAAACACUGGCAUUAGCUAGUAAUGGCCAGGAAGCUUGCAACACUGGCCCAAAGUGGUUAAAUUCUCCCUACACCUACCCUUUUUAAGGUUUUGAAAUGAAUGUUGCUAAAUUCCAAUUUCCCAUGUCUUAUUCAGUAACUCAUAUCUCACGGUUUGUGAUUUUGUUAUUCGUUUUAUGACGUAAAGAUAUCUACCAUUUGAACUAUACAAUGAGAAGUUCUUAUGGACCGUGGUAGCACUAUUAAUAUUGGGCACAAGUUUGAAAAUUGAUUAGAAUACUUCUAUUCACU